CGCUGGCUUCGCACCCCGGGAUCUUCUGCACCCAGCUUUGACGGAGGUGCGUGCAUUUGAUGGGUCGUGCGUUCUGUAACGAUGAAGAAUUGUGAAGCUGUUACUAUCGAGAGUGUCUGAAGAGUGAAAUGCAGGUCUGGAAACGUGGAAAGCACUGGCAGGAGACGAUACUGCAGCCCGGAGGAACGGGAGAUCCCAGGAAGGAAUACAUCUCCCUCUGCUGUAUUCCCAGUCUCUUAGGCUCCGGGCUCAGAUGGAUGCUGCUCCAGUAAAGCUGGAAUGGGUGGAAAUCAUAGAGCCUCGCACGCGGGAGCGCAUGUACGCCAACCUCAUCACGGGGGAGUGCGUGUGGGACCCGCCCGCCGGCGUGCGCAUCAAGCGCACCAACGAGAACCAGUGGUGGGAGCUCUUUGACCCCAACACCUCGCGCUUCUACUACUACAAUGCCACCACGCAGCGCACCGUGUGGCAUCGUCCGCAGAACUGCGACAUCAUCCCGCUGGCCAAGCUGCAGACCCUGAAGCAGAACACGGAGUCGCCGCGGGCCUCCACCGAGAACAGCCCGGGCCGCAGCAGCAAUGUCAGCCGGGAAGGCAGCACCAGCUCGUCUCUGGAGCAGGAGCUGGAGGGCAGCGAGAAGCCCCCGGAGCAGGUCCGCCCAAGCCGCCAGGCCACGCAGUACGCGCCGGUGAAGGAGGAGACGGAGAGUUCCUCGCCUUCGGGACCCUUCGUGGAGAAGGAAUGUGAGAUCUAUCGAGAUUACAACGCGGAAGGCCAGCUCCUCCACUACAGGACGUCGUCGCUGCGCUGGAACACGGGCACCAAGGAGCGCAUGCUCAUCAAGGUGACGGACCGCGAGCCCAGCUUCCUCGCCCACCAGGGCAACGGCUACACCCCCGAGGGACAGGUGGGCACGCGGGCACGGCGUCCUUCGGGCGGCCAGGCUUCGCCCGGCCUGCAAACCUUCGCACCCGACGCCGACACCUCAGUCUUCUUCCCCGAGAGGAAAGCGUCGCCCUUCCUGAAGCGGGCCGAGCACACGGGCGGCUGCUCCCCGCUGCUGGGCCGCGCCGACGCCUUCUGCUCCCAGGCCCAGCACCGCAAGCACUCGAGCGAGUCGCAGCCGUCCUCGCCGCGCUACGCCUACGAGCCGCCGCUCUACGAGGAGCCGCCCAUGGAGUACCAGGCGCCCAUCUACGACGAGCCGCCCGUGGACAUGCAGUACGAAGCCAGCGGCAGCUACAAGGCCGGCUCCCCGCAGAAGUCACCCAUCCGGAAACCCCACCCGUUCCUGCAGUCGCCCAAGCAGGGCUCCAACUCGCCCUACCAGCAGCUGGUGCUGACCCGGCAGAAAUGCCCCGAGCGCUUCAUGAGCCUGGAGUACAGCCCCGCCGGCAAGGAGUACGUGCGCCAGCUCGUCUACGUGGAGCAGGCUGGUGCCAGCCCCAAGCUCAAGACCGGCUUGCGGCACAAGUACUCGCCCAACCCCAUCGGCGGCUCCUACUCGCUGCAGCACAGCCCCUGCCUGAUGCGGGACCAGCGCCUGGAGAUCAAGUCCGGAGACUACAGCAGCAUGGAGGGGCCCGACUUCCGGCACGGCUCCCCCACCGGCCAGGUCUCCAUGGGAGAGGACUCCAUGUCGUGGUGCAGCCAGCAGGACACCCUGUCUUCCACCGGCUACUCGCCCAGCACGCGGAAGAGGAAAAGCCGGAAGCCCUCGCUGUCCCACGACCCCAACACCUCCUCCACGGACGGCUCGGGGGACCGGGACGCGCUGGCCGAGCAGCUGAUGGCCGAGGAGAGGCCGCCCACCGGACCCAACCGGUCCCAGAUGAACCGCACGGAGAGCAAGGCGGGCGAAGCCGAGGGCAUGGGGCGCAGCUUCCCCGAGCCCUUCCUGGCCCAGGCGCGGCUGGCGUGGGAGGCGCAGCAGGCCCACUACCACAUGAAGCAGCGCAGCAGCUGGGACUCGCAGAAGGACGGCUCGGGCUACGAGAGCGACGGGGCGCUGCCCCUGCCCAUGCCCGGCCCGGUGGUGCGAGCCUUCAGCGAGGACGAGGCGCUGGCGCAGCAGGAGAGCAAGCACUGGAAGAGGAACACCUUCGAGAAGCUGGGCUUCCCCCAGAUCCUCCUGGAGAAGAGCGUGUCCGUGCAAACCAACCUGGCCUCCCCAGAGCCCUACCUGCACCCCUCCCAGUCGGAGGACCUCGGCGCUUGUGCCCAGUUUGAGAACAGCCGGCAGAACCGGAACAUGAUGCCCAGCUCCAGCUGCGUCUUCCCCACCUUCAACCUGCGCAAGCCCUCCUCGGAGACGGACAUUGAGAACUGGGCGUCCAAGCACUUCAACAAGCACACGCAGGGGCUCUUCCGGAGGAAGGUCUCCAUCGCCAACAUGCUGGCCUGGAGCAGCGAGUCCAUCAAGAAGCCCAUGAUCAUGACCAACGACCGCAACGUCAAGAAGGAGGCCUGCGAGAUCUUCAAACUGAUUCAGAUGUACAUGGGGGACCGGCGGGCCAAGACGGACCAGCUCAACGUGGCCUUGGAGAUUGCCACCAAGGGCUGGAGCGUGCAGGGCCUGCGGGACGAGCUGUACAUACAGCUGUGCCGGCAGACCACCGAGAACUUCCGCUACGAGAGCCUGGCCCGGGGCUGGGAGCUCAUGGCGAUUUGUUUGGCCUUCUUCCCGCCCACCCCCAAAUUCCACUCCUACCUGGAGGGCUAUAUUUACCGGCACAUGGACCCGGUGAACGACACCAAAGUGACCCAGCACAUUAAAGAGCUCCUGGACAGGAACAGUAAGAAGAAAUCCAAAUUGAGAAAGAAACCCAAGCCCUAUAUCGAGGAGCACGAUGGGGUGGCGAUCAGCACGUAUGCCAAGUACUGCUACAACAAGCUCCAGAAAGCAGCCUUGACGGGCGCCAAGAAGGCACCCGUCAGCAUCAGCCCGGCCCAUUGCACCAUUGCUGGGAAUGAGCAUCACAUGGACCAAGAGGGCCUGAAGAAGCCGAACAUCGAGGAAAUCCGGCACGCCAAGAACGCCGUGUUCAACCCCUCCAUGUUCGGGAGCUCCCUGCAGGAGAUCGUCAACAUGCAGAAAGAGCGGUACCCCGACCGCCAGCUGCCCUGGGUGCAGACCCGGCUGUCCGAGGAGGUGCUGGCACUCAACGGAGACCAGACCGAGGGCAUCUUCAGGGUCCCCGGAGACAUCGAUGAGGUCAACGCCCUCAAGCUGCAGGUCGACCAGUGGAAGAUCCCCACCGGCUUGGAAGACCCCCACGUCCCUGCCUCGCUGCUGAAGCUGUGGUACCGGGAGCUGGAGGAGCCGCUGAUCCCCCACGACUUCUACGAACAGUGCAUCACCCACUACGAGAACCCCGAGGCCGCCAUCGCCGUCGUCCACUCCCUGCCCCGCAUCAACAAGAUGGUGCUCUGCUACCUCAUCCGCUUCCUACAGGUGUUCGUGCAGCCGGCCAACGUGGCGGUGACCAAGAUGGACGUCAACAACCUGGCCAUGGUGAUGGCCCCCAACUGCCUGCGCUGCCAGUCCGACGACCCGCGCGUCAUCUUUGAGAACACCCGCAAGGAGAUGUCCUUCCUCCGCGUGCUCAUCCAGCACCUGGACACCAGCUUCAUGGAGGGCGUCCUAUAGCAGCGAGCAGGGGCACCCCCAGCUGCGCCCCGGCCCUGCCCAGGGAAGGUGACUCUCGGGGAGGUGCCGGGCACGGCUGCCCGUCCCCAGCACGGUGCCCCCCCAGUGCCCCCUGACCUCUUGUGCCGGCGGGGGGUGCUGCCCAGUGCCUCUGCUCUGCCCAAUGCCUCCUCCUCCCAGCCGGACCCCUGCCCACGGCACUGCCCGUCUCCCCAUCCGGCUGCUCAGACUCCCGCCCGGGCUCCUGGAGGCUGGGGCUCACCACCGCGCUCUGGUCAGCUCCUAGGAGCCCUGUGCCUUGGGGACCCACCUCCAGCAGAGCCCACACAGGAGGGGGGAAGGGGGCCCAGCUGCCCAGGGUGCCUGCCUGGGACCCAGUUCUGGCCAUGGUGUAGGGCAGGGGGGUGUUUGGAGCCUACAGCUGGGACGGGGCUGGGCCACAGGCUGCUGUCCUGCAGGGCUGUCCCUGCCUGAGCUCCAGGGACAGGAGGGAAGGAGGACGGGCAGGGCUUGCAGGGGGCUGUGCCUGCCCCGGUGCACCUGGCCGCAUCCCCCUGAGAUCGGGGCCAGAGCAGCAGCAUCCAGGCUCCAGGUUCUUCCUUCCAUCAAAGCUGGGGGCUCAGGUCCCAUCCCCUGCUCGGCCCAUGCCUCAGCCCUGGGCAUCCUCCAGCACUGCCUUCCAUGAUGACUCCCCACUGCUUGUGAGCCCGCCGCUUUCUCCUGCCAUCGCCACAGGCCUCAGCUCAGCCCUGCAGUAAAGAGAGCGGUGCCCAUGGGACAGGAGCCGGAGAACCGUGCCCAUCGCCCAGCCCCUGCUCCAUGCCAGGCUGGGAUGCUGCAGCUUCGUCCAGGAGACGUGUCCCCUCAGCCUGGCCCUGCCCAUGGAUGGGGGCUCCCAGCCACAGCUGCAGCCCCGGAGACGCAGAGGGACCACCCGGAGCGACGCAGACUGGACUCCAGGCUCUUCGCAGAGCAGCUGGAUGUGCCGCUGCAGCGUGGGAUUCGCCCAGUCCCGCUCUGCCCUCCUGCCCCACCACGGCUGGGCCCCUCCUGGGCUCCCCCAGCUCCCGGCUCAUGCCCCAGCAAGAGAGAGUCAACCCCUUGGAAGAGUCUACCCCACAUCCUGGGUGCCUUCACCACCGCUAUUGCACCUCCCUCUCCAACGUCCCUCCCCAGGGCAGGCUGCAGGGAGCCUCCCUGGCUCCAGCUGCUCCAGAAGAUGCCAGCCUGGGCAGCAGUGGGAUCCCUGCGAGCUCUCCACCCGCCAGGCUGCCUUCCCUGGAGGUCGGUACCAUCCAGCUGGUCCCCAGCCUUCCUGACCCAGGUCAGCAGCCACGCAGGGAGCCGGCUCUUCUGCAUCAUGACGGGGUCAGACCAGCUGCUGGAGACUGCGAGCCAGCAGGGCCAGGGGCCGGAGACCAGCUCGCCUAGUGGUGCUCAACCUUUUACACAAGCAAGGCAAAGCUUGAACUCAGCCAGCUUGCGGCCCCCCAGCCCAUUCUAUCCGGCCCACGGGGCCCCUAAACAAUUUAGAAAAUUAAUAUUUAUCUGCCCCGACCGCCUGUCACGCGGCCCCCGAUGGCUUCCCAACACUCAGUAAGCGGCCCUCCGCCCCAAAUCAUUGCCCGCCCCGAUCUAAACCCUUCGUCAAACUACCGUCACCCUGACACAGCCCCAGGCAUCCCACCUGAACCUGCCACAGGGGACGUUGGGGGGCUGCGGCAGCCAACGCCUUGCUUCUGUAAACGGGUGUUUAUCUACGGGCCAGGGAGCCGAGGCAGAGGCCGUUCCCCCACUGCAGGGGAAGGGGAACCCCCCCAGUGCAGACCAGUCUGAGCGGGAGGAAAUCCCUUGCUGCCCAGUGCAGCGGGGCUGAGCCUGAGCGCGGGGGCAAGACCCUCCAGCCAGGACCCUCCGGGGUUGGGUCCGGGAGGAGCAUUGGCCCAGCCCAGCCCCAUCCCCAGCCUGGGCUGCAGCACCCAGCGCCUCGGGGGGAAGCUUAAAGCCCCUGUUGCAUGUAGUGGUGGGGGGCAACCAGCACAGCCCAGAAACCUGGGAAAUCCCCAUAGCAGAGCAUGGGCAUCGCUGCGCCUAGAUCCUCCGCACCCAAUGCCCAUUCACCCUCUCCUUGACACCUCCAGGGAUGGAGCGUCCCCCCUUCCCUGGCGUCUCUCCCACGGCCCCUGCUCUGACAGUGAAGAAGUGUUUCCUUAUCUCCAACCUGAACCUGCUUUGCUGCAACUUCCAGCCAUGGCUCCACGUCCUCCUCUCUGCAGCAGGAGAGAACAGGCGCUGCCCCUCGUCUCUCUGGCAGCCCCUCAGCUACUUGCAGCCUGCUGUCGUGUCCCCUCUUAAGCACCCACGACUUCACAUGCGCAGAAGGGACCGUCACUCAAGAACUGGGCUGUACGGCCACGUGCACCGACAUUCAGCAAGACGCCCGGUGCAAAUCUAUUGUCUGGUGAGACAGGCAGGUGCCUAGAGAGAGAACCGUGUGGCACGAUCAGCAUCCCGUAGCCAUGUUUUAAAUUGGAUCGAAGUAACGAAACGUUAGAAGCUUUACCUGCAAAAAUGCAAAGACCGACCAUGGGAUGAUACGAGGCCAGGAAAGACCGACCGGUGGAGAUGGCCCGGGCAGCCACACUGCUCCUUAGCUCAGCUCCCAGCCCCGUGCCAGUGUCUCCUGGACGCGGAGCAUGACCUUUGGGCUUGCUCUGAAAUAGCUUUGUGCCCUGUGGGUGUCUGUGGGGCUGCCAAGGGCAGGUCGCCACUGCCGUUCCCCUUCCAGCUAUUCGAGGAGCUGGGCAGGGAGCAUUCAGUCUCAGGGCGAGGAGGAGAGGAGAGCGGCAGCAUGCUGGCACGUGUGAUUCCUGGUGCUCCCCUUUCCCCCAUCACUCCAGCUUUGCAGGUCGCAUCUGGCCCCCAGGCCGGGUGUGAGCACCACUGGUCUCGUGCUCUGGCAGGGGAAGUGCCUUCACCCCCCCGGAGCAAGCACUCACGUCGGGAAGGAGCCUGGUUUGCUGGUGUGAUGAGCUCGCGGGAAGCACCAUGGGGACCCCGAGGAGCGGUGGUGGCCCCAGCUUCUGCCCCCGGAGCCUUCCUGGAGCGGAGUGAGAGUUCACGGUGCCGUGGGUCAGGCUCCCCGGGGCAGACGGACUAACCCCAGCAGUCCUGCAUUGCUUGGGCACCUGCCGUUGGCUUGGAUCGCUCCUCUCCCCGCUGCAGCAUAGGAAAGGCACAGGCAGCCCCAAGGAAGCCUUGCCUGGCUGGCACUGCCGGGUCAGGCCUUGUUCCCGGGCUCACACAGGAGGCACACGUCCCAUCAGCGCCUGGGCAGGAUCCUCGGGGGGCAGCCGUGUGGAGGAGGGCACCAGCGACUCCGGCGUGUGGGGCCUCGGCGCGUCUCAAGAUCCAUCCAGACAGCAGCCAGAUCCCAGCUCCUCCCUGGACUCGCCUGGGAGCAUCUCAGCCGCCAGCCCAGACUGCAUCACCACAGCACCCAUCCAAAGCAUGGACCAGGGGCACCCUGGCUCUUUCAGGCCCUGGGCAGGAUGUGACCCAUGGAGGAUGGAGGGCGAGCACUGGAAAUCCUCCAGACAGGGCUCGGCGUUGCAGAGACACGGCCCCUC